AUGUCUAAUCGAUUAGAUAAAUCUCGCUACUUCUACUGCAUGCUGGGGAAUCCAAAGGCCUCAUUUGGGACGAUAUCAGCAGAGUUACAUCGUAUUCGGCGCAGCGCGUUGAAUCCGUUCUUCUCACAACAAGCAGUUUCGAAAUUUUCAACCCACAUACAGGCAAUCGUAAAUCGAUUCGUGCGCCGCAUAGAAACAUGCACGGAUCGAGGCGAAUCGAUCCCACUAUCCUAUGCCUACCGCUGCGUUACCGUGGAUAUUAUCAGUGAAUAUAUUUUCGGUCAUCAGUUUAACCUUCUUGACCGGCCGGACUGGGGGCGGGAGUUCUACUCUGCGUGGCGGAGUUUGUGGGAGCUGUCUCCAACUAUCCGCCAAUUUCCCUGGAUGCUGGACGCUUUCAUGGCCAUGCCAAGAUGGCUCACCGCGUUAAUAAAUUCGAAGGCUUUGGAAGUUGUAGACCUUUUCACCGAUGUCGAUGAACAGACCAAAAUACUGCUUUCAAAAGACCCCGAUGAAAUUGAAUUGAAGCCGCAUCCAACUGUAGUCUGGGAACUAUCCAAGACCGACAUUCUCCCUCCAAGCGAAAAGACGUUCACUCGGCUUGCAGUUGAAGCAAACGGGUUGCUUGCAGCUGGCUUUGAGACCACAGGCAGUGUUCUAGCUCACACGACCUAUCUCGUGCUUGCCCAUCCAGACGUCCAUCGUAAGCUGUUGGCAGAACUAAUUGAGGCGAUACCAAAUCCAGAGGAAAUCCCCGGUUUUCAACAUCUAGAGCAGCUUCCGUAUCUUCGUGCAGUUGUAAAAGAAGGUCUUCGAUGGAUUGGCCCCUUGGCCGUUGAUGGUCGUCUGGAGCAGUACAUUCUCGCCUUUGGUAGAGGGACUCGCUCCUGUGUGGGGAUCAACCUAGCUUACGCAGAAAUAUACACCAUUCUCGCCACGCUCUUUCGGAAAUUCCCACAGAUACAGUUGCAUAACACAGCACCUAGGGACGUUGAACAUGUCCAUGACUAUUUUGCGGGCAUGACGCGAAGUGACUCCCAAGGACUACAGGUAAAUGACUCCGCAUAUCUUUGGAUGGGUGAAAGCUUGGGUCCGGAGAGUUAUGGUCCCCAUGUUAAUGGCAUCUAG